AUGUCGGGUACUUUCACUCUCGAACAAGUGAAGAAGCACGACAAGCCUGACGAUUGCUGGAUCGUGGUAAACGGUGAUGUCAUAGACUGCACCAAGUAUCUACCCAACCACCCUGGGGGGUCUUUGGCCAUCACUGCCUUCGCUGGCUGCGACUGCUCACUAGAGUUCAACACAGUGCACGAUAAGAGCAUGAUGGAACAGUACAGGGAUCUCAUCAUUGGAAAGGUUAGUGAUGGUAUCACUAUGGAAGAGGUCGCCAGGCAUGGCACCCCCAACGACUGUUGGAUCGUCGUUAAUGGCGAAGUGCUAGACGUCACUGACUACAUCAAGGAGCAUCCUGGUGGGGAACUUUCCAUCACAGCUUUCGGUGGGACUGACUGUUCCUUGGAGUACAAUACUGUGCAUGCCAAGGCUUUGAUACAGGAGACCUGUCCUCAAUGUGUUAUAGGGAAACUACUCGUCCCUAAGAAGAGAAAGAAAUCGAAGGCGAAGGCGAAGGGCGUCCUUGAUAUGGACGAAGUGGCCAGGCACAACACCAAGGAGGACUGCUGGGUAGUGGUUAAUGGUUUCGUACUGGCUGUCACUCCGUUUCUGCCUGAACACCCCGGAGGGCCAGAAGCGAUAUUGAAGUAUGCUGGCAAGGACGCGACAGAGGAGUGGAACAUGAUACACUCAUUCGACGUACUUAAACAAUAUGGUGGCAAAUAUAUAGUUGGGAAACUUGGCGAUCCAUUGGGUGGUACCGCGGACUUGGGCCUGACUGUUGAGGAGGUCGCUAGGCACAACACUAAGCAAGACUGUUGGGUUAUUAUCAACGGUACAGUUUUUAACCUCACCGAUUGGCUCCCGCUUCAUCCUGGUGGCGAAAGCGUUAUUCUCAACUACGCUGGCAAGGAUGCUUCUGACGAGUGGAACGCGAUUCAUCCUUCUGGGACAAUGGAAAA